UGUGUGCUUUCCGCAGCUGAGCAGAGAUGGCAACGUGAAUGCCUGUUGCCUAGAACGCAGGCUCACAGACCACAGAAUCGACGAACCAAAGGAUGCUUGGUCAAAACUAGAGCCUUUGUUGGAAGAGAUGGUGAUGGGCCUGGGCCCCCUGUCCUUGGUCUUCAUGCUGGCUCUGGGGCUGACCCCACUGGCCCUGGCUCAGGAUGACUCCAGGUACAAACACUUCCUGACCCAGCACUAUGAUGCCAAACCCAGGGGCCGGAAUGACAGAUACUGUGAAAGCAUGAUGGAGAGAUGAGGCCUGACCACACCCUGCAAAGACACCAACACCUUUAUUCAUGGCAACAAGGGUAGCCUCAAGGCCAUCUGUGAAAACAAGAAUGGAAACCCAUAUGGAGUAACUUUAAGAAUAAGCAAGUCUCCUGCCCAGGUCACCACUUGCAGGCAUGUGGGAGGGUCCCCCCGGUCUCCAUGCCAGUACAGAGCCACAUCAGGCUCCAGGCUCAUUGUUGUUGCUUGUGAGAACGGCUUGCCUGUCCACUUUGAUGAGUCCUUUUUCCACCCAUAACCAGCAGGCCACUGGCCCAGAGACGGCUCUGCUCUCCUUCCAUUUUCCUCCUCACACCUGAGAACAGGGGUGGCAGCAUUCAUUGCCGAGGGGCUCAGAAAUUGAGCUCCCUGGAUUCUUUGUUUUUUGUUCUACAAUAUGGUUAAUAAAUAAAAAUGUCUCUGAAAUCAGUAAGAAUCAAAGUCUUCUCACUGAUUUUUGACCUAUUGAUUUUUCCCACUUUCUCUACUAAGCUGCCCUCUGAGAGGACUGGAUGUAAUAGAAAUGCUUUUUUCCUUAUCAGUCAGUUCCUUAUCAGUCAAUAGGGAGGUGGACUUUACCUUUCUGUUAAGGUAAGGAUGUUAAAAUCAUCCUGCAGUGAGAGCUGGGAAAAUUCCAGGGUUCUAGACCACUAAGCAGAAUUUUCAGGAGGGGUAAAUUGCUUUUGCUAUCAAAUAAUAAACCAAUAUUACUUUUAUAAAUGUUAAAUGUUGAGGAGAAGAGUUUUGGACUAAAUACCAGAAGAUGAAUUACACGUUUUUUUUCUCCUGUCUCCUUCUGUCUCUCUCUCUCUCUCUCUCUCUCACACACACACACACAUGUACAAAUGCAUACAGCUACUUGGAUACCAAAGUCCAUUCCAGAUAUCUACCACUUAAGCAGGAGGUAAUUGUGAUGUUUCUUUGAAUAGAGUGCUCCCAGGAUAUGCUCAUGGUUAUUUUAUAUGAAGAUUUUAAAAAUCGAUUACAUUAUUUUCUCUUUAAUCUUUCACUUUUCCAACUGAUGACUGGCAACUGUGAGGUCCUAAGGAAGUCAGAAAUAUUCCAAAUCUAUCCUUUAUUCUUCUUCAACCUGAUUUGUUUUCAAAUCAUAAAUAUAAACAUAAAUUAACAGACACUCU